AAUCAAACAACAAACAUGGGUCAGCAGAGCGUGCCAAUAAAAACUCCAAGUCCCAGAAUGCAGUUGGGCAGGCGCAGAUCCAACCUGCUGGUUUGGUGCCCGCGAGCUGUUCAUCACCGCUACCUCAAGUCGCUGUCUCGCCGAACCGUUAGAGGAGAAAUGGCUGCGGCUCUGUCCCGUGCCCUGAAACUACCCGGGAAAAAGGGCUCAGACCUUGGCGAGUACGACCCUCUCACCCAAGCAGACAGCGAGGAUGAGAGCGAAGAGGACGACCUCGUCCUCAAUUAUCCUCGAAAUGGCCUUGGCAGGGACAGCUGCCUCAGCGUGGGCUCCUCAAAGCUGCGGGGUGGCAGAUCUGGAAGACUUGUAGGGGCCGAAGACGAGGCGCAGGAGGAUGAAGAAGACGAAGAGGAUGAAUGGAGGGAACGACUUCCCAGCAAAGCUGGACAGGACAGGGAUGACAUGGCUGGCGUGCAGUACUGGAGCCACAGGGACUCCGGCAGGGACAGGGUGGGGGAAGACAGAGGGGUGGCUGGGACACUGGGGGUUGCCGGGCUCAGGGUUCACAGUGCUGAUGCAGAGGAAAAGAGGAUGAGGAUGAAGAAUGCUGUCCGGAGUGCGUUUUUCCUUGUGCCUCUGGUCUGUGCCACUUUGCUCGUGUUGCUGUGUGCAUUUCUGAUUCCGUGCCAGAAGGGAGAUCUGGAAAAGAGGCUGCAAUGGGAGAGAGCACUGGGACAUGCAGGAGGUGUCACUCCGCCUGCUCUUGCAUUGUGGGAUGUCGACGGCGAUUCAGUGAAGGAUGUGUUUCUGGGUGUUACUGAGUGGACCAAUGACACACAUCCCUCGCAAGGGAACAAAAUCUACAGUGCGGUGGCCCUGUCUGCGGUCAGCGGCCAGGUGCUGUGGAGGAAAGUCAUGUGGGAGUCGGUGAUGUACAUCCAGUGUGGCCUGCAGCACGGCACCCAGCCGUCACCUGUGGUCCUCCUCAUCGGCAAAUCCGUCGUCACGGCAGUCAAUGGAACCACAGGGAAGAACUUGUGGUCAGUCCCGCUCAAGAACAUUGAAUUCCAGGCAGUGUUACUUCCAGACCUCCAGGGAGACUCAGUCCCAGAUCUGCUGAUAGCUACCCUGCCUGCAGAUGAGGCUUUGGAUCUUUCCCUGACCCUUAUCUCUGGGAUGACGGGCAUGAAGCUCGGACAUCCCGUGCCUUUCAACCUCACCGGACAAGGAAAGCUGAUUGGUCCUUUGUUGCAUGAGACCCAACAGGGGGCAUAUUACAUCCUCUUUGGACUAGGUAAUGUAGAGGCCGUCUCUCUGCGUGACAUCUACUUUCAGGCCACCGGCAAAAUGCCCAUACCUCAGGCACUACGAAGGAAGGAUCCAGGGUGGGAGGGGCUCAAAAAAACCAAUUCCUCCUUCAUACACAUUUACAGAGGAUCUGAACGUGUGGAGUUCCUGCUCCCCCUUGUGGCUGGCUUUGGGAACAGUCACAACAACCUGGAUACUGUUUCCAACCUCAACUCCACCAAAAGUGACUGGGUGCUGGUGUACGGUUCCAGCAAACUGUCAGUGCUCAGGCAGAAGGACAUACGUAAAGAAUGGACCUUCAACUCAGGUCCCAUUCACAGCCAACCAGCUCCAGGACACUUCAAUGAUGAUGGAAUCCUUGAUCUUUUCAUUCAGCACUCGGCAAACGGCAUCAUGCAGGCUCAGGUUGUUGACGGGGCGAACGGGCAUCUUCUCUGGUCGGCGGAGUUCGUGUGUCCUCGUCUUGUUUUGGAAACUUCAGCAAUCUCCACGUCAACUGGCCGAUCGGCUUUCCUCUUCUGGGCCAGCGAACCAAUCAAACUUCAUAAAAAUGUGACAAAGACAACUGUGGCACCAGGUGUUGCUGCAGCAGAGCCACUCAUAAGAAAACUUUUCCUGCUGCACCCUGCGUAUCCCACAAUCCUUCUUGAGCUCACCAGUACCACAGACACUGCAGUCACCUCUGCAGUGAGUUACCAGGAGCACCAGAAAGAUGCCACCUACAUCACCGUAUCCUCCCGACCCACACCCGAGUCGGAGCCUGGCGCUCGGAUAGUCAAGAGCAUGAGCCUCAGAGCUGCUAUCACCAAAGGACAAAUAGUCAGACUAGGGGAGAGCAACAAGACCGGGGAGCCCGUUAAACCGGGAGCGUUUGAGGUCAUCAAGUUCUUCAGGCGUUUGUCUUUCAGACACCAGUGAUGAACAGCCACUUCUACCCCACCCAUCCCCCCACCCCGCCCCACCUAUGUCACUGAAAGCGGUACAAGUACAAGGACCGAGGACUAAGGACUGAGUACAAGAAUGAAAGGGACAAACGUCGUGGGCAGCUGUGCACUAAGGAGACACGUGCUGUUUGGUUUAUUAAGUACGAAUUUCAUUGCUGUUACUUGAUAAAGAGUUUUCUGUA